CCAUUUGCAUAUGUUUGCAAUUGUAGUGUCUGUGUGGUGGAUUGAGAAAGUGAAUGUUGGGGCUUUGGAGUACUCUAGGUUUUUGUUUGCCAUGGACAAAGGGUGGACACAGUUACACUUGUUUGUAAUCUUCCUGCUCUUUUUGAGUAAUGCUCAUGGAUUUAAAGCUGGAGCUCAUUCAGAUGCCAACCACUGGUGGGGCCAACCUUCAGAUAAAUCUUUCUCACCUCGUGCAGUCCAGUCUUCUGUGUCAGAGGUCCCUGUGACUGGGAUUUUGCCUGAAGAAGUGGGCUCUAGUUUAUUCACUAACAGACCCCUGAAAAGGUUGAACUUGCUCCAAUUUGUUAAAGGUGGUGUUUCCAGCAGGCAUGAAUCAAUGUCCCAUGCCCAGACCACUCCAAGCAGCUCUGUUUUAGCUUCCUUGCCUGUACCCUUAAAUGAACUGCAUGCAGGCCAUUUGACAUCACUCCAGGGUUCCUCUGGUUCAGCCGCUACAGAUACUACUAGUGUGUCUACGCAAGGAGAAAGUAGCUUCCCUGCCACACUUGGCAAUUCUGGCCUGUCCACCAGUGAUCAAAGUUCCCCUAGUUUGUACGUGACCAGUUCCCUGGAAACCUCUGGUGCCUUGGGUCAAUAUAACCCGGGCUCCUAUAACGAGCUCAGUUCUUCAUCUGUUUCUAGUCCGUCUACCAGUGACCAGAGUACCCCCAGUUUGUAUAGUUCUAGCUUUCAGGGAAAUUCGGGCAGUUUUUUGGAAGCUUCUGGCUCUUUUCAAGGGGAAGUGGCAGGGCUUGGCUCUCAUGUUGACUUGUUUCCCCAAUCACAGGACCGCUCCAGUCAGCUUCUACCCUCACCCUUGGAGGUCUCUAGCCAGUCUACUAAUGGUCAAAGCACUCCCAGCCUGUUUAUGCUUGGCUCUGACAGCAGUUCAGGAUCACAGUCAGCAGGUCCUGCUUCACCUCUAGACACUCAGGGUAGUCUCUCUCAAAGCAUUUCUAGCCAGUCCACAAGUGUUCAGAGUUCACCUAGUGUGUCUACAAGCACCCAGAGCAGGUCUGCCACUCCAUUAACUUCCAGUAACUUAUUCCCUGUGCAGGGAGGUAGUAGUUCUACUUCUAGCUUAUAUCUGAAGCCUCAGGGCACUCUUGGUCGGUAUGCCCCUGCGUCCCAUACCAAAUAUGCGAGUAUACCCAUGUCGUCACACCUAGCUAUUUAUAGCCAGUCAAAAAGUACCUCUGGUCCUUGGUUUGAGGGCUCUACUGGCUUUGCCUCCCAGGGAAUGAGUAGCACUUACAGUGGUUCUGUCCAGUCUCAAGGUACCACAAGUCAGUUUGCCUCUGGGUCUCCAUCCUCCUAUCCAAUUGUAACACUAUCCUCACCCCAAGGUUCCGCCAGUCAGUCCGCUACAGCCCAGAGUUCAUGGAAGCAGUUUGCCUCUAGAUAUGGCACCCAGUCAGGGUCCUCUAAGCCAAUCACCCUGCAGGGAAGCACUUACGGUGGAUCACUCGAGCCUCAAGGUACCACAAGUCAGUUUGCAUCUGGGUCUCAAUCCUAUCCAAGUGUAUCACUAUCCUCGCCCCAAGGGUCCUUCAGUCAGUCUGCUGCAGUCCAGGGUUCACGGAAGCAGUUUGCCUUUAGAUAUGGCACCCAGUUAGUGUCCUCUAAGCCAAUCACCCUGCAGGGAAGCAAGUAUGGUGGCUCACUCCAGCCUCAAGGUACCACAAGUCAGUUUGCAUCUGGAUCUCCAUCCUAUCCAAGUGAAUCGCACUCCUCGCCCCAAGGUUCCUCCAGUCAGUCUGCUGCAAUCCAGAGUUCACGGAAGCAGUUUGCCUCUAGAUAUGGCACCCAGUCAGGGUCCUCUAAGCCAUUCACCCUGCAGGGAAGCACCACUGAUGGUGGGUCACUCCAGCCUCAAGGUACCACAAGUCAGUUUGCCUCUGGGUCUCUAUCCUAUCCAAGUGCAUCACUAUCCUCGCCCCAAGGUUCCUCCAGUCAGUCUGCUGCAGUCCAUAGUUCACAGAAGCAGUUUUCCUCUAGCUAUGGCACCCAGUCAGGGUCCUCUAAGCCAUUCACCCUGCAGGGAAGCACUUAUGGUGGAUCACUCCAGCCUCAAGGUACCACAAGUCCGUUUGCAUCUGGGUCUCAAUCCUAUCCAAGUGCAUCACUAUCCUUGCCCCAAGGGUCCUCCAGUCAGUCUGCUGCAGUCCAGAGUUCACGGAAGCAGUUUGCCUCUAGCUAUGGCACCCAGUUAGUGUCCUCCAAGCCAAUCACCCUGCAGGGAAGCAAGUAUGGUGGAUCACUCCAGCCUCAAGGUACCACAAGUCAGUUUGCAUCUGGAUCUCCAUCCUAUCCAAGUCAAUCACACUUCUCGCCCCAAGGUUCCUCCAGUCAGUCUGCUGCAAUCCAGAGUUCACAGAAGCAGUUUGCCUCUAGAUAUGGCACCCAGUUAGUGUCCUCCAAGCCAAUCACCCUGCAGGGAAGCACUUACGGUGGAUCACUCCAGCCUCAAGGUACCACAAGUCAGUUUGCAUCUGGGUCUCAAUCCUAUCCAAGUGUAUCACUAUCCUCGCCCCAGGGUUCCUCCAGCCAGUCUGCUGCAGUCCAGAGUUCACAGAAGCAGUUUGCCUCUAGAUAUGGCACCCAGUUAGUGUCCUCUAAGCCAAUCACCCUGCAGGGAAGCACUUCUGGUGGAUCAUUCCAGCCUCAAGGUACCACAAGUCAGUUUGCAUCUGGGUCUCAAUCCUAUCCAAGUGAAUCACUAUCCUCGCCCCAAGGUUCCGCCAGUCAGUCUGCUGCAGUCCAGAGUUCACAGAAGCAGUUUGCCUCUAGAUAUGGCACCCAAUUAGUGUCCUCCAAGCCAAUCACCCUGCAGGGAAGCAAGUAUGGUGGAUCACUCCAGCCUCAAGGUACCACAAGUCAGUUUGCAUCUGGAUCUCCAUCCUAUCCAAGUGAAUCACACUCCUUGCCCCAAGGUUCCUCCAGUCAGUCUGCUGCAAUCCAGAGUUCACAGAAGCAGUUUACCUCUAGAUAUGGCACCCAGUCAGGGUCCUCUAAGCCAUUCACCCUGCAGGGAAGCACCACCGAUGGUGGGUCACUCCAGCCUCAAGGUACCACAAGUCAGUUUGCCUCUGGGUCUUCAACCUCCUAUCCAAUUGUAACACUAUCGUUGUCCUCGUCCCAAGGUGUUGCUGACCAGUCCGGCCAAGCAGUUCAAAGCUAUUCUGGGUACCAAAGCCAAAAGUCUCAAAGAUGGCAGCCUUCACGAGGUAUUCAUGCCUCGGGUGGAGCUGCAUCAUGGGGUAGCUCUCUGUCUCAAAGCUCUCCAAUGCAGAGUUUCUUUUCUUCCCUGUCGUCAGCAGGAGGCUCAUCUUCAGCAUAUCCUGGACCAUUUGUUUCUGCACAGGGUGGUAGCAGCAGACAUGGUGGCAUUUCUCUUCAUUCUCAAAGCCCCUCUAGGAAGUACACUCCUGGGUCUCAUGCAUAUGCCAUGCUUGGUUCCUCUCCCCUAGCUGUUUCUAGCCAGUCUACCAGUGAUAAGUGGUCAAAUGGCCUGUAUAGGUCAGAGUCUCUGGGAACCCAGGGUCUCAUUGGUGUAAUUGAAAGACCCUCUAGGCUCUCGUCUCAAGCUCCUGACUCUACAAGCAGUAACCAAAUAUCUGAGCAUUUUGGGACCAUGAAACGCCCCACAGGUUCAAACCUAACUCCAUCUCUAGGCUUGAGUGCCCUAGAAUCAUCUGUUGGCAUGUUCUACAGUAUCCCACAGACUGCACAUGCACUACGUAACUCUGGGUCAGAUGUCCAGCUAAACAAUAAACCAUUCCUCAAUCAGCGAUACUCUGUAAAGGGCUAAGGAACUCUAUAAAACAGCUAUGUUAUGCAAAGUGUCUUCCAGAAUAAAAAAAAUCAAAUGUGUAACAGUUUUUUUUUCUUGUGCUUUUGUUUAUCCUACAUUCAAAGGAUAGAAAUCCAUGUUAGUUUAG